UUGUAAACCUAUAUAACGUGAACGAGACACAGGAUAGUUGGAACAAUGGCGAUCAACAACCUGAUGCGUGUGUCUAGGAGUCAUAAUAUAUUUCUUAAAAAGUUCGCUCACCGACAGCUAAGUGUUUUUGCUGACUUUAAGAAUAUAGUUGGUGAUUACGACAAGUAUAGGAAACCAGUGGGAUCCGAACUUAUGCUUGGGAUGACGGAAUUCUACACCAACAAAAAAGCAAAGGACCUGCAUAUUUUGGAUGCUGGCUGUGGAACAGGAAUCUAUACCAGAUCAAUUUUCGAUAUGGGAGUCGGACAGAUGGCUUUAUUGGAUGCUUCCUCAGAUAUGCUGAACGUUGCAAGAGAAAAGCUUGCUGCAGAAUUAGACGCCAAUAAGGUUUCUUCAAUUGUCCAGAAUUCUUUACCGGAAAUACCAUUUGGUGAUGGAACAUUUGACGGCGUCCUUCUAAACGCGGUAUUGCCCCAUUUACCAAGAGGUGAUGGGAAUUUCUCUGGCGCAGUUGAGACCCUGAAGGAAGCACGCAGAGUUUUGCAACCAGAUGGAGUAAUUUCUAUUACAGAAUCGCUUGAUUCAUCUCUUACGAACGCAUGGUGUCUCAACAUUUCCCCAGAGAUAGCAAAUAAAUUUUGUCCCAUUUUGCCAUCGGUAGAAGAAUGGAACAAAAUAUUUUAUGAAGCUGGCCUUAAAUGCUUGGUAAGGACAAAUUUGCUCGGAUUCGGACUCUUCAGUGACGAAGACUAUUUUGAUGAUACUAACAUAUUUAAGCAGGAAUGGCUUAAUAGCUCUGUUUAUUAUGAACCGGCAACAAAAGAAGAAAUUGAACGUAUGAGGCAGAAGGUUAAAACUCUUCAAACAAGGGGUGAGAUUAAGGAGUGGAUUAAAGACCACGACCAAACAGAAAAGUUCGGAUUUAUGACUCUUUUUAUUUGUCAGUGAAUGAAGUACUGGUAAUAUACAUGAAUUAUUGAUAAAAAAAAUCAAGAGAAUAAUUGCAACAUUCUACAACGCUCUAACCUGCUGUUUGGUCAAAGGAAGUUUGUCUGUUUUGUUAAUUUUUAGGCAUCUUUUGAACAAACAAUUUUGCCAGUUAACUUGUUUAUUCAAUCAAGUUUAAAAAAAGAUAUGUUUUGAUGUGUUAUUGUCAAUUAAUGGGAAAGCAAUCAUAAUUCUGUAAUAAGAUUUUAUAUAAACAUAUAUCUAUAAUAGAUGUUCUUUAGUUUAAUUAUACCAUGUUAGAUUUAAGAAUUGAAUUCCAUAAUACAGUCUUAUAUAUCUUAUGUUCUGCUUUUGUACAAGUUAACCUUCUUUUUUAAGAAAAAUAUUAAAAUCCCACUUGGCAAAAAUUCUGUAAUUAUUGUUCUAGCAUAAGAAUACUUAUGCGAUCAUUUGUACGCCAAAUUAUAACGUUAUGCAUGUAUUUUUUAUUACUUUUUUAUUUCUUAGUUGUUUUCAUCACAUGAAGACUAAAUUGUGGAAAGGAGAGUUAUUUUAUCCUAAGGAUAUUUGCGUUGUUUUCCUGACAUAUAUAAUUGUUUUAAAGUGUAUAAGUAUUAAAAAGCUGUGUGGUCG